AUGAUUAAGGUAUUGUGCUUCAUCGCUUUGCUCGUCUGUGUGUUGGCACAACGUGCGCCAGUGGACGAAGCUCCAAAACCCUAUCAGUUUGAAUACGCGGAGCAAAUCGGAGGAAAGGACGACGUAGGAGGAUCCAUCAGCCAUAGCGAAACUCAAGAUGCUCAAGGAAAGGUUCAAGGAAGAUAUUCGUUAGAAAUUGGAGACGGACGAAAGAGAGUUGUGGAAUACGUUGCGGAUCAAGAUGGAUUCAAAGCCGAAGUGAAGUCUAACGAAGGUCUUCCUCCACAUAAUCCCGCAGACACAAUCUUCAACGUGUUUAAGAGAAAGUAAACACCACCUCCUCCGAAAUGGACUUAAGUUAAGAUUGGCACCCGUCCCGAUGGCUUAGUUUUACGUGUUUAAUUACACCAGCCCUCGUACGACAUCCUAGUAGACGGUUUCUUGUUAAGAAAUGUCUAUUUGGAUUUCGUGCGAGGAGGAUGGAUCUUCUUAAUCUUCUUCCUUCCGUUCUUAUGGGUUGUGGUGGCAAUCCUAUCUGGAGUCUUAACAUCCUCGAUGCCAAGAUUAUUUGUUGUUAUUGUUUCUGAUAUUUUAUUGUAUAAAAAAAGUAGUAAAUAAAUUUUAUAGUUGCAA